UGGAGAUUGCGGUGUUUACGUUUGGUUGCGUUUGAGAUUUAUGAGAUUCGCAGUUUGUUUUAUAAUAAAAUAUUUCUCAGAAUAUUGUGAAAAUAUUACAAAGGACGAAUCAUGUCGCUAGCAGAUGAGCUUCUGGCAGACCUCGAGGAGAAUGACAAUGAAGACUUGAAGGAACUUAUCAAGGAAGAAGUGGACGCGGAAAAUGAGGAAGCGGCUGCACUUGAAACCCUCCGGCCUGUUUUCGAACCUAUGGAGGUAGACAUUAAAGUGAAUUCAAUUCGCGAAUUAUGCAAAUUGCAUGAUUCAUCCCGUUUACAAAAUAUUCUUAUUCAAAUAAACAAAUAUGCACUAAACCCGAGGACUUCAUGCGACAUGAUAGGCAACGUUGAAUCUGAUCCUGAAUACCAACUUAUUGUGGAAGCGAACGGUAUAGCCGUGGAAAUCGACAGUGAAAUUUCAAUUAUUCACAAAUUCACUAAGGAAAAGUACCAGAAGCGAUUUCCUGAACUAGAUUCCUUGAUCGUCGGUGAAAUGGAGUAUUUGCACACGGUCAAAGUCCUGGGAAAUGAUCUCGAACAAAUUAAGAAUAAUGAAGACUUGCAGCAAAUUCUUACUCAGGCAACUAUCAUGAUUGUGUCGGUUACAGCGUCAACUACCCAGGGAUCUCUCCUAACCGAUGUAGAGAAAAGGCAGAUCGACGAGGCUUGUGAUAUGGCAAUUGAUUUGAAUAAUUUCAAAUUGAGGAUUUAUGAAUACGUUGAAAGUCGGAUGACUUUCAUUGCACCAAAUUUGUCCAUGAUUAUCGGAGCUUCAACUGCUGCUAAGCUCUUGGGUAUCGCAGGUGGAUUAACGAAGCUAUCAAAGAUGCCUGCAUGUAACGUUCUCGUGCUCGGAUCACAAAAACGAAGCCUCUCGGGAUUUUCGAAAGUACAGAUGUUACCCCAUACUGGGUUUAUAUAUUACUCCCAAAUAGUACAGGAUACGCCACCGGAUUUGCGAAGGAAAGCUGCACGAUUGGUAGCAUCAAAGUGUACAUUAGCAGCUCGCGUAGAUGCAUCUCACGAAAGCAUUCAUGGUGAAAUUGGUUUGAAGUUCAAAGAAGACAUUGAGAAGAAAUUGGAUAAAUUACAGGAACCACCUCCAGUUAAAUUUGUGAAACCUCUACCAAAGCCAAUUGAAGGAAGUAAGAAAAAGCGAGGUGGCAAGCGAGUCCGUAAAAUGAAGGAAAGAUACGCUUUAACUGAGUUUAGAAAGCAGGCGAACCGUAUGAAUUUCGGAGAUAUUGACGAGGACGCAUAUCAAGAAGAUCUGGGCUACACGCGUGGAACAAUUGGCAAAACUGGCACCGGCCGGAUUCGUUUGCCCCAAGUAGAUGAAAAGACUAAAGUUCGAAUUAGUAAGACGUUGCAGAAAAAUUUACAAAAGCAACAAGUCUACGGUGGGAGUACAACGGUACGGAAACAGAUUUCUGGUACAGCUUCUAGUGUUGCUUUCACACCGUUACAAGGUCUUGAAAUUGUUAAUCCUCAAGCUGCUGAAAAGUCGACGGAUGCUGGCGCGAAGUAUUUUUCGAAUACAUCAGGAUUUUUGUCGGUUGGCAGAAGAACGACUUGAGGAUUUUGUGAUUUCGGUAAAUAAGAGAAAAAUAUAAUAUAAUUCAAGCGAUAUUAGAUUUUAUCUUUAAAUUAAAUAUUCAUCUCUAUGUAAUACUAAAAUGCAAUCGAAUUGGGUUUCUGUCAGAAUUAUCUUUAUA